GUUGCUAGGGAGACGAUCAAACACAGACACUGCCGCCUAGCCGAACUGCAUUCUGGAAAACGAAGUUUCUCUCUGAUCAGGUAUCGUGUUACUCAUGGCGGCUCGGAGCAUUUUAGGACUACACCUACCAUACGCCACCGCGCGGCUUCUGGAACGGCUGCGAAAGUGUCCGAUGUAAUAACGACUGCAGCGGUCAUCAUUACCGGAGAAAAAGUCACGAAGCUGCAUGCUGAACGCUGGCUCCCUGGUCUCUCCCCUGCUGAACUUCACAGGCUGGAAAAAAGAGGAGUGGGGCACAAUGGCGACGCAGACCCUGCCAGUGAAGAUGACGAAGUAUGGGAGAUGCAUAAAUCUGGCAGCCCAUCUUGUUGGCAAAUAUAAUCCAGAGAAUCAAAGUCUGGAGCAUUUUGUUGAAGAAUCCACAGAAGAUUUCGAGACACUUAAUGAUGCAGAAGAACAGUUAGUUCUUGACGUCCUCUCUGGAUGUGUUGAAUAUAAAGAUGUCUUGAACAUCGUUGUCCAUGCUUUCUAUGCUCGGGACGGGAAGCAUUCUUUGUUGUCAGAGCACCACUUGUAUGUUGUGAUAUGUUAUAUAGCCAUAUUUAAGAUAGAAGAACUUGGUCUUCAAACCUUUGGUAGAAUUAUUAAAUGUCAAGAUGUCUCCAAGAUUUGCAAGUUUCUUAGGUUUUUCUUUAAGACUGUGAAUUUGAGCACUUGGAUAAAAGAUGAAUGGUGUCAGAUAUAUGAUUCAAACUACGUCACGGAAAACUGGAUCAGCCCCUUGCUCACGUGGCAGCCUGAAGUUCUAAAUUUACUAGAAGUUAUUGAAAGUAAGUCGGUAAAUAGUUCUACACCAGUGAAAGGUUCUAAAGUGACAGAAGUUAAAGAGUUCAAUUUAACAAAGCCCAAACCAAGGACCAUACCAGUACCACAAAGAAUACCAGCACAGAAGCCUCAUCAACCUGUCCCUGAGAGUACGUACAAAAUUCCCAAGGAACACGAGCUACUUCAAGGGAAGAAACUGAGCAAUCGCAAGAAAGCAGAGGAGCUGCUAAUUGAUGCCAACAUGGUGCAAUUCAAAUGUGCCAAUGCAGAGAAGUCCGAGAAAACCAAGCGUGUUAUGGCGGAAAUAAUGAAAGAAGAAGAUAAUGUUUUGUCUUUUAAUAAAACUAAAGCCCGACAAGUACAGAUGAAGAAGGUGGACAACGUCCCGGUUAGACUGAACGCCACAGCCAUAUUAAGAGAGGGCGCCCUCUAUCAGCGGCAGGUGGAAGAGGAGCUCCGCAGGAUCGAGAGGCUGGUUGAUGGGUCCCGGGACCCCAGCGAGUUUCUGGAAUGGCAGCGACAGAUGCGGGAGCAGGACAUGGAACGCCAGCUGGCUGCAAUAGAGUGCCGGCGCCUGGAAGGCAAACUGAGCUACGAAGAGGCCGUUCUAGCCCGCCAAAACCUCAUCCAGGAGAACAAGAAGAAGGCGGUGCUGAAGAAAGAGGAGACAGAGAAGCUCAUGCGCCAGUACGCAGAGAAGCGCCUCCGGGAAGAGAAGGAAAUGAGAGACCUUGUGGAGCAAGUGGCCGAGGGACACAAGAACACUAAGCAAGCAAGGCUGAGACUUCAGAAGUACAAGCAGCAAAUAGUGCAGGAAGUGACAGAGGAGAGCCGGGAGCUGUUGCGCCGAGCGCUGGAAGAGGCUGAGGAGGAGCUGAAGAGGAAGUUUGAACUGAUCCGUGAGAUAAGAGCCAUCGAGUCAGUGCCAUUCAUCAGACACAAGUUUGUGGAUUUAACAGAAACUGCUGGGCACGGUCUGAACUGUGAGAUGUCCUUAGUGGAGCUUCAUGAACGACUGACCCUGUUGAAGGAAGCCCAGAGGAAAGAUGAGGAGGAGAAGAGGGACCAGAUCCUUGAGGAAAAGCAGUCAAAGCAGCAGCACCUGCUGGACACCCUAGAGCAGAUCUCUCUACAUAGAUCCGCAAUGGCGAAAGCUGCUCUUCUCAGGUUGGACGAUAAAAAAACGAAAUCUCAGUUUGGAAAAGCUGCAGUGGCCAAUGACGAGCGAGUCACAGAACUGCAGAGAAAGCUGGAGGAGAAAAUAUCCGAGCGCAAGAUGCAGGCUGAGGCCUUAAAGAUUCCCCCCCAGCAUAAUAUUGCCAAAUUUUCUAAGAACUCAUUUGAAGAGCAGCACUGGAAGGAGCUGGAAGAGAGUCGAGAGCGCCAAGCUCAGCUGCUCCAACACGGGGUGGAACCCAGAGGAGCAGCCAGCCGCAUAUCCGCGUAUCAGGCUAUAAGAAGCAGGAACUCGCCCUCCUGCCUGCUGCAGUCAUAGGCUAUUACUUCACAUGGACAUCGGGGUUAGACUGGAGUGUGAUCUUAUGUCACAGUUGCAAUAAACCAAUAUGAAUAAAAAAAAAAAAAAAUAGAAAUAAAA